AUGCUGGUGACCUAUUUGGAAGCCAGCCGGGACCUUUGCGAGACGGACUCAAUUAUUUUUGGCGCCGCGCUGGCAGUCUGUCGUAUCAUAGACGCCAAGGUUUCCACGGCUGGACGCGCUACUGGCCAUAGUAGCGCUAUCCCAGCAUGGAGAAGAAGAAUUGAGGAACGUAUCGCAAAGGCUAGAGCUCUCAUCGGCAGACUGAUAUGCUUCAGAUCAGGCAACAACAGGCCAAGAAUUGUGCGCACCGUCAAGAUGGCGUUUGCUGGGACAAAUGUCAGUUUGUCCCAGCCGGAUAUAACGCAAAAACUGACGGAGCGCAUAGAUGAUCUGAAGCAGAGAAUCGCUGCUUGGGGAAAGCGGAUUCGGCGAUAUACCGAGAGGUCGACACGGUUCAACCAGAAUCGUCUCUUCCAGAGUGAUCAGAAGAGGCUCUAUGAAUCAUUGGAGCGACCAAUGGUAAGUGGAACGGGUCCAGCACCGAAUCAGGCCGACACUGUAGCAUUCUGGCGCGGCCUGUGGUCAGAGCCCGUAAACCACAGCGAGGGCCCUUGGACGGAAGUUGUGGCGAUUCAGUGUGCGGGUAUUACGCCCAUGGACCCCGUCAUCUUAACGCCGGAUGACGUAGCUGAGGCGGUCCGUAGGGCCCCGAACUGGAAAAGUCCGGGGCUUGACGGACUGCAUCACUACUGGCUGAAGGGGUUCAUGCAGGCGGCACCCGCCGCUGGUGGAGCACGUCGCAUGCGUUGGUCACAAACAAUGAACGCAAACGCACUGCGGGCGUACUUUAGGGCAAAAGGGGAGGAAACCGGAUGUUUGGCAUAUCGGGCUCGGAUGCAUCGCUUUUUUGCAGACCUGGAGACAUCUCUAUCCGUCACUGAGCAAAACCUGGCAGACCGAGUUCGGUACAUCCUGCGCUUCAACAUAUUUGGUGACGCCGAAUUCGAACAACUACGACGUGAGGCUGUUCCCUCAUCGGAUGGAAAUGCUACGGCUGGGAAUGCGGCGCAACUGAUUGCGCAGCAAACUGCAAAUGUGGACGCUGCCGUCAAUAUUCCAUUUGUGGUUGAUUCAGAUGAUGAUGGAAUAGUCCCCCACGAACUAGAAAAAAUGAGAAGCAUAUUGGAAGAGUCGAUGCUGGAAACGCGCAGCAUGCCUCUCGAAAAUCGACCGCGACUUCCCCGCAUACCCCUUAGCAAGCGAAAUCGGGCUGUCGUGCGGGCUCUUAACCCAAUGCUGGUGACCUAUUUGGAAGCCAGCCGGGACCUUUGCGAGACGGACUCAAUUCUUUUUGGCGCCGCACUGGCAGUAUGCCGUAUUAUUGGCGCCAAACUUCCCAUGGCUGGACGUGCUACUCAACAAGGUAGUGCCAUCCCAGCCUGGAGAAAAAGAAUCGAGGACCGUAUCGCAAAGGCAAGGGCCCUUAUCGGCAGACUGACAAGCUUCAGGUCGGGUAAUAUUAGACCGAGAGUUGUGCGCACAGUUAGAAUGGCGUUUGCUGGGACAAAUAUUAGCUUGUCCCAGCCGGAUAUCACGCAGAAACUAACGGAGCGCAUAGAUGACCUGAAGCAAAAAAUCGCUGCUUGGGGGAAGCGGAUUCGACGAUUUAGCGAGAGGUCAAGGCGGUUCAACCAAAAUCGUCUCUUCCAGAGUGAUCAGAAGAGGCUCUAUAAAUCAUUGGAGCGACCAGAGGUAUGUGGAGCGUCCCCAGGACCGGAUCAGGCUGACACUGUCGCAUUUUAG